GUAAUUGUAGACCUGAAGGGUCUUUGCUUUGCAAUAGAAUAGUUAUAGCAUCGCCCCCAAAAAAUCCGGAAGAAGAAAUUAUCAGAGAGAUAGCAAAACGAAUCUUGCAAAAUAGAUAUGGGUUUAGUGAGGAUCAAGUAAAUGCCUUAUUCUCGAUCCAGAAAAAUGGAAGUAGCCACAGUGUAACUACCUCAGAUAAAAACGGUGACACUUCUGAUUCCGAUACCAAUCCUGAUACUAAUACUGAACCCGAACCUAAAUCUCAGCCUAAGAAUUAUAAUCCUUUUGAUGCCCAAAUCGCAGAAAUAGAUUCGAUGUUAGCAGAAAUGUGA